GGAAAGAAAAAAAAAAGUGACAGGAACGACAUCGAAGAUCUUCAAAGACGAAACAGAGCAUCAUAUGGUACAUUCUCAAACUGUGGUUUCCGAAUUCCAAGUUUGUCCAAGUGGAUUGCCGCAAAGAGAGACACACAGACCACGCCAAUCCCGAUAAAUCUAGGUAUCUAGGUGCUAUAUCAAUUUAUAGCUUAUAGCCGUGGCUCUGUAUUCAAUAUUGAAUACCCUACCCAGGCCGAGGUACCUACUCCAUAUCGAGUAGGAUAGGAGGCCAUGUUGACCGAGAGCUACUUUGUGUCCGUGGCCGGGCCGCCCUUAGCCAAUAAUACGGCCAUCGCAAAAGAUGCCGGGAUUUAUGAACACACACUACAUCCGAGCCACUCAACAACCACCACCUUCAAGAAAAGCUCUACUCCUAGGAACUGUUUGGCCGUGAGCGACACUCACGUAUUCGCAGCUCAGGAGGAGAAAUCGACAGUUCACGUGUAUUCAAGAGCCAAGGGUAACCAGGAGGCCUUAGUUACUUUCUCAGAGCGCAUCCGGAGUAUCGCCUUGCAAGACGAUGUGCUUUUUCUGGGCUCACAAGAGGGGAGGCUCAUCAUAUGGGAGAUCUGCACCGGCAGGCAAGUCACCACGCCUGCCUGUCAUGUCCAGGCAGUGACCUGCAUAGCUGCUACACCCUAUCACCUGAUCACGGGGUCAGAUGACGCGAACAUACAUGUCUGGUCCGUUCCCCGCCUGCUGGAGCUAGACUCGACCAUCGAACACGAGCCCCAGGAGACCCUAUCGAAUCACAGAGCCGCCAUCACCUCCCUCGCCGCGGGCCAGAGCGUGAACCCGGACACCAACAUAUGCGUCUCGGCAAGCCGGGACAAAUCCUGCAUAGUCUGGAACUACCAGCUCGGCGUGGCCCUGCGGACUCUUCUGUUCCCCAGCUCGCCCCUCUGCCUGUCCCUCGACCCGUGCGCGCGCGCCAUCUACGUCUCCUCCGACGACGGGUCGCUGUACGCCAUCGAUCUGUUCGCCGCCGAGCGGGCGCUGCUGGGCCCGCGGAGCGCGGAGGAGAGCUCGACCGCCAUCCAGGUGUCCUCCGCCUUCGGCGCCGCGCCCCAGGAGGCCGGGCCGGCGACGUGCGUGGCGCUGAGCUACGACGGCACCGUCUUGGUAUCGGGACACCCGCAAGGCCAGAUCCUGCGCUGGGACCUGAGCAGCCGCGCCGACUCGACCGAGCUAGCGAACGUCAACGCUGCCGUCGCGAACGUCGUCUUCGUCUCCCCGCUCCCCUCCUCGCGACCCACUAAACCUGUCGCGGUCGUCAAGCCCUUUUUAGGGAGUCGCAGCUACGACUUCACCUCCCAAUUAGAGUCCGAUAUGGCGGAGGACACGCAGUUUAGCAAGAUGCUUACAUCGAACGGACUCCCGCAAGACGCGCUAGAGCAAGCCAUACUCGCCUUCCAGAACCCGGCCGAGGACACCGUCGGCGAUCAGGAACUGAGGAAGGAGAAUGAGGAGCUCUGGGAAGUCAUCAACGAGCAACGUGCCCUCCAACAAAAGACCUUGCAGCGGUAUCUCGAGGCCAAAUCUGCCAAGGCCUGAACUCGUAUUGGGACCCCUACUGGGAAUGGCAGAGAAGCACCCUGUGCCUACCGUCGUCCCGCAACUCUCGCCUUCCAUUGGCCUGGCUACUGCAAUACUAAAACCGUUAAGGCCGCAGUAUCCGGUUGAUUCGGCCGAUUGUGCAGUAUGAAAUGCACGGCUAAGCUGAUCGUCGUGCUAUAUCAUAUAUCAUAUUGGACUAACUAGAGACGGGUAGCUCUCCCUGAGACUAUAGGCCAACCGUACCCUUUUUCAUCGGGUUGAUAUUCAGCACUAUUAACUCUGAUGUCUAACAUGUAUAGACUAAGCAAGUGGAGGGCGGGAUUUCUUGCAGUAUCGAAAGUCCGGGGGACACGUAGUGGGCUUCGUACGAUAUUCACAGCGGGGUAGCCACAUUCUAAUGAUACCAAGACAUCCAA